UGAUGGCCAAUUAUAUUCCUAUUGAUUUGCCUCGAAAAUUAUAAGUUGCUUGUUAUUACAGGCUAUUAAAUUAUCUUAAACAAACUACAGUACCUAUUUGGUACAUGAAUGUUUGCUUUACACGAAAAACGCAGUUCGAGUCGCCUCAUCAUGUUGAAAAAGGGAAUCCGAUCGAUCUUCAUAUUUAGUGUGUUAAUUCAUAAUUGUUUUAGGUAUGUGGACUCAGCAUGUGAAAGAUCGCUAUCUAUGAUGGCAGCUGAAGACAUAUGCUGGAGUAACAAGGUGAAAAUCGUUGAUAGAAUUCAAUACACAACUAAAAGUGUCCUGAAUUUUGCUAAAGAGAAACUGGGACUAGUGAAGGAUGAACCAUUUCAUCCUCAACAAUGCGAUUACUACGAAUGCAUUUUUGCAGAGCUGAAGAUGCUUGACCCAAACGGAUAUCCGAAUUAUAAUAAAAUUGUUGAAUGGAUAGACAACAAUAUAAUUUAUAAUUACGCCAAGACCCAAUAUGAUACCUUAAAAGAGUGCAAUGCCGCUUUAUCUCAAAGCGUAGAAUCAGACACGUACUUUUCUGGGGACCUAAUACCAAUCAAUGAAGGACCACAAUCAUUGCAAAACAACUGCGAGGUAGUACGAGAAUUCAUGAAGUGUUUGGCAUUAAAUGCUACAGAGUGCAUCAUAUUUGUAUAUCCAUGAAGAACAAAUGAACACAACAGUAGCAGUAUUAGUCUGGCCGAUCAGAAUUAUUUUACGAUUCAAUACCAAGGCUACUAGGAUGGGAAGGUAGAUAUUAAAUGUAAAACAUCAUUAAUAUACCUUAAAAUAUAUUACUUAAAAA